AGUGGAGUCCGGGAAACGGGACGGAGCAGACGUGUCGGCGGGAUUCUGAAAAUUCAAAUAACAUAAGAAAGUUUGUGAACGAGUUCGGUUAUUCUUUGAAAUUAAAUCGGUUAAAGUUUGUUGUUCGAUUCGCGUUUCUAUGUGCGUUAUUUGCUUUAGACAUCAGAAUGUUAAUUUCGUUUUGGUUUUUCGAGUCUAAUUGAGUUGAUUGACGCACCCAUAAUAAGAUAUUUUGAGACAAUGGUACACAAUGUACUACAAACUGCAUGCUGCGUAAUCGUCGUUGUUUUAUGUAUAGGUCGAGGUGACGGAAAGUGGAAGGAAAAAGACAGAGAGACCCUCAGACAUGAUAUUGAACUAUACAAAAGGAUGGCAGAUAAAAUUGAACGUGAAAUCGAAACAUUUUACGAUGAAUAUCCAGAGGAGAAGUUAGAAGAUGACAAUAUUAAUUCAAUGCGUUACAAAUACACUGCAAAAAGUUUUCAAGGGCAGGAAAGUCCAUUACUGAAUAAACUCAAUAUUAAUCUCAAGAAUAUCACUAAUACCGUUUACAACAGUACUAAUGAUAAAAAAAAGUCUACAAAUGACCACAUAAAUGUAAACAAUCACAGUUUUACAACAAACCCAAGAAAAAGUGAAGACACAAAAUGGCCGACUUUCGCGGAUAUAUUACUGUCGAUAGGAAAAAAAUACGACUGGAAAAACGAUCGUUGGAUAAAAGUUAAGGAAAAACUCAACAGGCCAACAGUGAGAAUCAAUCGAGAAAAAGCGGAUAGAGAAAAUAGUGUAGAUUUACAUGAAAAACAUAAAUUUAGUUACAGACUUAUUAAAUUGAAUAGAAGUAAGAACAGAAGAAGUGUCGUUGUGGCAGUUUCGGCUGUAAGAUAGAAGAAUCCAGUACAAUAAGACCUAGCAAACGUGUGGUGUAUAUAUAUUUUUUUGUAAAUGGGACCAACAACUGUGGAGCAUAUAACCGUAAUGAAUCCAAAGUUGUUAUCUGAAUUACAAAUCGAUGCCUGGUACUUAUAGCUGUGACUUUGAGGACUUUAGACAAGUUUGUAUGUAUAGGGGUUCUUACCGAAAACGAAACUGAUGGUGUUGGAGAUUCCAGAUACGAUAGGACUAAAACUUUACAUUCGUGUUUUUUUUAUUGUCUUUUAUUUUACUCAUGUCUUUGUUUGUAGCACAAUUAGAUAUUAUUUGACAUGCCGAAUUUAUGGUUUACAAGGAACAUGAGGCGUGAUUGCUAGCUUUUCGCAUUCUAUUGUGGUUUAAUAAAAUUUGAUUCAAAUGAAAACGAUAUUCUCUCUCUUAUCUCGCAACAAUACACAGAGCAAUGAACAGACAAACUUUAAUAAAAAUUAUUAUAUUUUAUUGUUAUUACAUCACAGAGCAUUAAGGGAUUAAGUUAGUUGUAGAUAUGACAUUUUAUAUUAAUAUUUAAUUACCGAAUUUUAUUUCAACGCUAUUAGCUAUGUAUGCCAAAUCUAUACUUCUAUACUAAUAUUAUAAAGAGGAAAGAUUUGUUUGUUUGUUUGUUUCGAAUAGGCUCCGAAACUACAGGACCGAUUUGAAAAAUUCUUUUUCCAUUAGAAGCCGACAUUGUCCCUGAUGAACAUAGGCUACUAUUUUUGAAUUUUUUUUUUUUGGUUUCAUGUGUGUUUUAAUGUUUCCGAAGCGAAGCGAGGGCGGGUCGCUAUGUAGGUAUUAUAAAGUGCAUUAUAGGUACUUUUGGAUAUUUGAAUUGAUUCAUCCGGAUUAUAUGUUAACUCAACUGGAGACAUAAUUAAGUAAACUAUAUUAAUAUGCGUUAUAAUAAUUGUAAUGUUUAUUCACACAUAGCUCACAACCAUAUAUGCCAUAUCGGAUUUCAAUUUGUAACGCGCUCCAUCAAAAACUCACACGGCUGAUUGUUAAUUAAUUACAUCAAUACCUGAAAUCAAUUUGUUAAUGAAAACCGUUACUAAAUAAAUACAUUUUUCAUUAA